AUGUCUCUUCUUCUCUUCAGUUGUUUCUUCUUAAUCUCUCUUGCUCAUGGAGCUUCCACUAUUCACAUUCCUCCUACUCAGCCUCCCACAGCUUCUGAGAAAUCCGGUUUAGCAAAUCCUGGAAUGAAAUUCAUAGUGGCAGAGACGCCAUUAUACGGACCGGGUUACAACAAUCCUCAAGUGAUUGAAGAUGAUGCUUCAGUGGCUUUAGCUGCUCAAAGAACAUUCAGAAAAGAUCCCAUCAAUGGUUGGCAGAAAUACACUGGUGGAUGGAAUAUCAGCAAUCGACAUUACUGGGCUUCUGUGAGUUAUACAGCUGCUCCUCUCUUUUCUGUUGCUUUGGUCUGGUUUCUUGGAUUUGGCAUCUGUUUAUUGGUUAUCUGUAUCUGCCACAUUUGCCAUAGAAGCAAAUCUAUUGGAUACUCAAAAGUUGCUUAUGUUGUCUCCCUCAUCUUCCUCCUCUUCUUCACUCUCAUUGCAAUAAUCGGAUGUGUUCUGCUCUACUCGGGUCAGGUCAAGUACAACAAGAGCACAACAGAGACGUUACAGUAUGUCAUGAGCCAAGCAGAUAGCACAGUUUCACAGCUUAAAGCUAUUUCAGAUUAUCUUGCUUCAGCCAAGCAAGCUGGAGUUCUUCAAGUGAAUUUAGCUGCAAAUGUCCAAACUGAAAUCGAUCAGAUUGGAACGAAGCUGAAUUCUUCUGUAGCCACCAUCACUGAGAAAGCCACUAACAGCUCCAAUCACAUUAGACAUUUCCUUGAUUCCGUGAAGGCUGCGCUUAUCGUUGUUUCAAUCGUCAUGCUAGUUGUGACCUUUCUUGGUCUCGCUUCUUCAAUCUUGGGGAUGCAAGUCAUCGUCUACACCCUUGUGGUUUUAGGAUGGAUCUUGGUCACUGGCACAUUCAUCUUAAGCGGAACAUUCCUUGUUCUACACAAUGCAACUACAGAUACAUGUGUGGCAAUGAGUGAAUGGGUUGAGAGACCGUCAAGCAACACGGCUCUAGACGAGAUCUUGCCUUGUACAGACAACGCCACUGCUCAAGAAACUUUGAUGCGUAGCAGAGAGGUGACAGGUCAGCUUGUUGAACUCAUCAACACAGUCAUCACUAAUGUCUCCAACAUCAACUUCUCUCCAGUCUUUGUCCCAAUGUACUACAACCAAUCUGGACCGUUGCUCCCAUUGCUCUGCAAUCCCUUUAACCAUGACCUCACCGAUCGUCCUUGCUCGCCCGGCGAGCUUGAUUUGAACAAUGCCACAACUGCAUGGAGCAGUUUUGUGUGCCAAGUGAACACGAACGGGACUUGUGGCACAACGGGUAGGCUCACGCCGGUGCUGUACGGUCAGAUGUCAACAGCUGUGAGCAUCAGCACGGGGUUGAUCAGAGACGCACCGUUCUUGGUCCAGCUUCAAGAUUGUUCAUAUGCAAAGCAGACUUUUAGAGACAUAACCAAUGACCAUUGUCCUGGACUCCAGCGUUACGGCUAUUGGGUCUAUGUGGGUCUGGCGAUAUUAGCCACGGCUGUGAUGCUCUCACUUCUGUUCUGGAUCAUCUACAGUAGAGAGAGACGGCACCGGAAGCAAGCUCUGCCGGAGUAUGUAGAGUGUAAGGAGAUUGUAAGAGUAAACUUUUGA